AUGAGUACCCUCGCCGUUGUCUCGGGGCAGAAUGCGUCGGCAACUGUGGCCGAGAACGACUCGAAGGCAGUGUUCAACGUUGGCACCAGAAAAUCAAAAUUGGCUCUGAUACAAACGGAUAUGGUUGUAAAGGCGCUGGCAGCGGCAUGUCCCAGCAAUGUGUACGCUAUCAAGGCACGAGACACCGCGGCAGGGGAUAUCGACAAGGUAACGCCUUUCAAAGACAUGCCUGUGAAGAAUUUGUGGACGCACGAACUCGAAACCCUGAUGGGGGAGGGGUCAUUGGAUUUCCUGGUGCAUUCGCUGAAAGAUGUACCCACGCAGCUACCGUCUGGUUGUGAGAUUGGUGCUGUCUUGGAGCGAGAAGAGCCCAGGGAUGCUUUAGUUAUCAAGGCUGGGAGAAAACCGUGCAGGAUUGAGGAUCUACCUAAAGGUGCCGUUAUUGGUACUUCUUCGAUACGGCGGACUGCUCAGGUUGCCCUCAAGUAUCCUCAUCUACGAGUGCAGGACGUCAGAGGAAACGUCGGCACACGGUUAUCGAAACUGGACGCCGAAUUUGGACCUUUUGAUGCUUUGAUCCUUGCCGCUGCUGGACUGAUUCGCCUUGAUCUGGGCGAUAGGAUCAACCAGUAUCUCGACUCCAAGAGUGGUGGCAUGUUAUGGGCGGUAGGACAAGGCACAAUCGGGAUAGAGAACAGAUCCCCUGAUGAACGAGUUCAAAGCACGCUCAAUUUGAUUGAUCACCACGAAACACACCUUGCCAUAGCAACGGAACGUAGUCUCUUGAGGACCCUUGAAGGCGGUUGCAGUGCUCCUCUGGGCGUCGAAACCACCUGGGUCGAGAAAGACGACGGACAGAAAGCACUUAACCUGAAGUCUAUCGUGGUCAGUACAGAUGGAAAGGAAAAAAGUGAAAUCGACAUGACCGAAAUCGUGAAGAGCAAGCAGGAUGCCGAACUUUUCGGAAUCAAUGCAGCAUCGGAACUAUUGAGUAGGGGUGCUGACAAGAUUCUGGCAGAGAUCAAGGCCAAGAAGCCGACAACUGUUACAGACCUCGAGGAGAAAUGA